AUGUCCUCAUGCGUCACUAUUCUUCGAACAUCUCUCAUCUUCCAACUUCGAACAUCUCUCAUCUUCCAACCGGUGCUUUUUGUUUCACCCGAGCGGUUUUUGAAUAAGGAGUUUCUGUCUGCUAUCUCUGCUGGGUCAGCUGUCUCACUCGUUGUUAUUGACGAAGCACAUUGUAUAUCUGAAUGGUCUCACAAUUUCCGACCUUCAUUCAUGAGACUUAGAGCAUCACUACUUCAUAGAAGUCUUAAUGUAGGUUUUGUUCUCGCAAUGACAGCAACUGCUACAACCACAACCUUAGAUGCCAUCAUGUCUGCCCUAGAUAUUCCUUUUACAAAUCUUAUUCAGAAUGCACACUUAAGGGACAAUUUGCGUUUGUCGGCGUCUUUGAUAAAAAAUAGAAUGAAAGACCUACUGGUUCUGAUAAAGUCUCCUCCUUUUGCGGAUGUUAAAGGCAUCAUAGUAUACUGCAAAUUUCAGUCUGAAACUGAUCAAAUUAGCAGAUACUUGAAUGAUAACAAUAUCUCGGCAAAGAGUUAUCAUAGUGGUAUUUUUGCAAAGGAACGUGGCAACGUACAGGAGUUGUUUGCUUCAAACAAGAUCAGAGUGGUUGUUGCAACUGUGGCAUUUGGUAUGGGACUAGAUAAAAGAGAUGUUGGAGCAGUAAUUCAUUACAGUUUACCUGGAAGUCUGGAAGAGUUUGUACAGGAAUAUGUUGGAGCCACCGAACUCAGCACUGCUACGUCGCUUCUUCAACAGCUUUUUGUCGAAUUUCAGCUUAAAUGGCUGGCAGAGGAUAUGGACGAGGACGAGGACGCGGCGGAUUUCAAAAUUAUGCACGACCAGAGCCAUUUGUACUUUUUCCCGAGGAGAAGGGUCUCUAUGGACAAUGAUAGUUGCCAUGAUUGUACAUUGAUCAAGAUUGAUAGUGUCAAUAAACCAGGAAUUCUGCUGGAAGUCGUACAAAUCCUAACAGACCUUGACUUCAUAAUCACCAAAGCUUACAUAUCUUCUGAUGGUGGAUGGUUUAUGGAUGGGAGUUAUGCCAGAUGGUAA